AUGUCAUCCAUCAACAGAUUAAAAACAAUAAAUCAAAAUAGAAUAAGCAAACAACAUCUCCUGGAGCAGAUAAAUGAAAAGCGUGAAACCAACUGUUUUGUGGAAAGAAGCAAUCAAGUCAGCUUCCUGAGAGUUCAGAAGAGGCACUUCAGUGGUGCCCAUCAGUCAUGUGUUUUCACCCAUUUCAAUGAAGGUAUUCCUGAGAGCAGCAGGAGCUCCUGGGUCCAACCAAGUGUCUUUGUUCACCCAGAGAAAAGGCACUUUGAGCCAAAAAGUAAGAUGUUACAGGAGAAUUCCUACUCUUCAUAG